UUGGGUUUACUUUCUUUUAUUCAAUUCAAGAUUCUUUUAUAACAUAAUCUUCAUGUGUGAAUGGAUUGCAAUGCUAAAAAAGCUUCUUAAUUCUCGCUUGGGUUUUUUUAUUUUUUUGGUUACAUAUUGAAUUUGAGCAGAAUUUUGACCUUUUUCAACGUUUCCCUUACUAAUUUCCCGAAAGAAAAUGCAGCAAAGAGAAUUUUAUCUCUUUCUUUUGCUCUCUCUCUGUUUUCUUCUUAGAUUAAUGGGAUUUUUUUUGAAGCGUAACCGGUCUUGAUUUAUUGUUCUAAGUUUAAAUUUUUUAUGCUUACCUUAUAUAGUUAAAUGGGUUUUUUCUUCACUAUAAACAUUUUUUUUUUAAGUUUUUGUUCUGUAGUUGGGAUUCAUUAUGUUUCCUUAUAUGCUUAAAUUCUCUCAGCAACCAAACACAAAUUUUCUUCCUUGGCCAACUUUUGUUGGCUAUUGAUCUGCACAAUUCAGCUUUAAUUUUUUUUUUUCACGGGUUGAUGAUUAAAAAUACGGCAGCUUUGAUUGUUUCAAGUUCUUACUACUUAAAGGUUUUAACUCAGUUGCGCUUGUUUCAGGUGAUUAUCAGCAUACUUAAAAGCUGAAGCUUGAUUAUGAGAUAGCAUCGUCUACUUUGUUUUUUUUUUUUUUUUGGGGGGGGGGGUGUUUCAUUUAUUGAGAUCAAUCCUAGUCCCGUGAAUCAGUGAUUGGUUUCCCCAAAGCUAAAUUCGCAUUCAAAUCUUACUCAAAAUAUUGGUCGUCAUAAGCUAAAGCUCAGAAUCUUCUAUUAGAAAACAAAAUUAAUUUGAAGACAGUUGGGGCUGAUGAGUUAUUGAUUAGCAAGUCAACUGCGUUUUUGAGGAUCUGGGCAUUUGGAUUGGGGUUAAACUAAGUCUUGACAAUUGAACUUUGGGGAGGAAAAUGUUGGAGCAUGAGCUGUGUUCAUCUCGGGUCCUGUCGCCGUUCAGGGAGGAAAGCGGCGAUGAAGAGCUUUCAGUUCUACCGAGACACACAAAAGUUAUUGUCACAGGAAACAAUAGAACAAAGUCUGUAUUGGUUGGUUUGCAAGGCGUGGUCAAGAAGGCUGUGGGCCUUGGUGGUUGGCAUUGGCUGGUUUUGAAGAAUGGGGUUGAAGUUAAGCUGCAAAGGAAUGCAUUGAGUGUGCUGGAACAUCCUACAGGGAAUGAAGUAGAUGAUGAUCGUGAUUUUGAUAACUCAAGCAGUGGCUCUGACAUUGGUGAGAAGGACCAUGAUUUCUCUAGUAGCAUCGUGUUCCACAGGACUGCCAAACCAAGAGUACGACAUACAAAACCAUGGGUUCCAUCUGCAUCUAUGAAAUCAACAAAUCGUAGUGGUUACAGAUAUGUUCGAUCCAUUAUUCAUGCACUUGAAUCGGUAAAGUUGGCAAGACUUGACACCGACUCCUUGAGAAGAUAUUGCAGGCACUUUAAACUUGAAGGCAUCAAUGCUUAUUCGCCAAGGGAACUAAUGCUUUUUACUGUGCAGCAGCAUUUUGUGUCACAGCCACCACUGAAUGAGGCACAAGUGAUCUCAGAAUUCAUCACCGCAGCUAAGAGACUGAAAACUGAUGACACACGGAGUGAGCAACUCUGAAUGUUUUCAACAUUGUGUAAUUACAUACAUAUUUUAGCUCUAACCUUAGAUUUGAACUAAUUAAAAGACUAAUUGGGAAGAGUUAUCGAUUGACCAACCGGAUUCUUCUAACCUUGUAAUAUAGGGCUUGUGCCCUUUGUUACUGUUUUCUUCUAGUAUAUCUACUAUUCCAAUAGUUCAUCAUACCCAACCCUUCCGUGAACUUCAGUGGAACCACGAGCGAAAUCUUGGAUAUGUUCUGAAACUUCACCAAUGGUGGCAUGAUGUAAAUCAAGACGUUUUGGAAUUGAAAUAAACCAGCCCCCAACCUCAAUUAUAUGAUGGUGAUUGCACAGAAGCCAGGCUGGCAUUUGGUGUCACGGUAUCUGUGCAACUGUGGGUAGUGGGGACGUAUAUUCCCGACCUGCCUCAAGUUUCAAAUCAAGGACUCUACCUUCUUUAAUUAUUUGCUGGUGAUGGUUAAAAGUCAAGUGGAUGUGUGACCCUGACCGACCGCCUUCAGGCCCUUUUUUGUCCGGUGAUGGGCAUGGCAGUGUCGCUUAACAAUUCCCGGCUAUUAAGUAUUGCAAACUAGCCAUUCGCUUCUGAUUGGAUCAGCCUCCAUAUGCUUAAAAGGUUUGUAAUUAGCAGCUAAUACCACAAUAAAAUUGAGGCAAGGCUGCGUUUGGGAGCAAAAUGCGGUGACUGGAGUGUCGUUUUAGCACUCCAAUGCGAUAUGGGAAGCCUUUCCAAUGGCACUUAAAAUGGGGGCCUAACAUUAUUUUGUUGAAUUUUUUAUAAUUCAAUUGUGUCCAUCCAUUUGGCAAUGAUAAAAGCUUUUCCCGAUCUGUUUCUGGCAAUGAGCGAUUGACUAAUAAAAAUAAGGUCUGUGUCUUAAGACGAUGCUUAAAAGAUAAAAGGGAAUAGACAUGCAAACUAUAUAAAGAAUUUGGUGCAUAGAAAUUCAUUUCGAUGAAUGUUUUGACAGCAUGGUGCCGUGUGACUUGAGUUACAUUUGUUCUCUAUGUAUCAUUAUGACUGGAUAACCACGACGUUAUUCUGCGAUAUUUCAUACCUAUGCCUAACAUCUUUGACGGGAAGGAAUUAAGUUAGGCCGUUUCUCUUUCCAAUAUGGGCGUCAUUUUCCUUGUUUUUGCCUUGUAAAUCUCAUG